AUGCGAGUGUUUAACUUCCUUGCGUUGCUACCGGUGGUCCUUGCGAAUCCUCUCCAGACGAAGCGCUCGACGGCUUGCAACAACUCCCCGGAUCUUUGCUCCAAGUCCUACGGAGAGAUCACACAUCUCGGUGCCCACAACAGUCCCUUUGUGCGCGAUGAAAGUACCGGCAACUCGCUGGCCGGAAACCAUUAUUACGACACCAUCACGCAACUAUCAGCCGGUGUCCGACUGGUAACAGCCCAAGUCCACAAAGAGAACUCACAAUGGCGUCUAUGCCACUCAACGUGCUCCCUACUCGAUGCGGGGUUGCUGAGCGCCUGGUUAAAAGAUAUCAAGUCCUGGUUGGAUGAUAAUCCAAAUGAGGUGGUCACCAUCCUCCUGGUCAACUCCGAUAGCGCAUCGGCCUCCGAUCUAAACACCGAGUUUAAAGCGGCCGACAUCGUCGAUUAUGCCUACGAGCCAACCACCAAAGGCUCCGCGCCGACCAGCUGGCCAACCCUACAAUCCAUGAUCGAUGACGGCAAGCGCCUAGUCGUCUUCGUCGCGGGUCUCGAAUCCAGCGAAAGCUACCCUUACCUACUGGACGAAUGGACCUACGUUUGGGAGAACCCAUACGACGUAAGCUCGCCGUCGAACUUCACGUGUGAGCCGGACCGACCGUCGAGCUACAAAGGCAACAGUGCAUCCGCACUGGGGGCCAAUCUCCUCCCGCUAAUGAACCAUUUCCUGUACUCGAACAUCUUCGACAUCCAGUAUCCGAACGCCAGCUAUGUCGGCACCACGAACGCUGCGUCCGGCGGCAUAGGCAAUCUGGGCACGGCUGCCACGAACUGCAAGAAGGCCUGGAAUGGUCGCCAGCCCACCUUCAUUAUGGUCGAUUUCUUUAACCGGGGGCCCGCGAUUGAAACUGUCGAUAACCUGAACAAUGUGGCCAAUGCCGUUGGCCGCAAGUCUGUCUCCACAUCAUCGGAUACAUCUAGCGAUGCUUCGUCCAACGGCAAUGCGUUCAAGGCGCUUGUUGAGCUGGCUGCAUUGGCCAAAUCGGGGACUUCGGUGUCUAUGGGUAAUUGGAUUUGGACUGGAGGCAACUGGGGCAACCUUCUCGGCGGGGGUGUUGCCUUCUAA